UUCCUCUUCUUAUGUUUCACCCUCCCCCUUCUCGAACGCAAGGCACCAUCUUUUUCUUCUCUUUCCACUGUGGGUAGAAGUUUUGGAUGGAAACCGCGAGCCUUGCGAACUAUAGGUACAUGGCCCGCAACUUCAGCGACGGCGGAGACUCCUCCGGCGCCUUCAGCGACUGCAACAGCGACCGCUCCGGCGAGUUCCCCUCCGCCGCCCCGUCCGCCUCCAACGGCGGCGCCGCCCUUCACCGCCUCCUCAUGUCCUGCGCCGCCGACUACUCCGACGAGGUCGUCCGCGGCCUCAUCUCCGAUUUAGAGUCCCCCUCCGCCCCUGUCGAAACCCAGCUCCACGCGGCCAUGGUGCUCCGCCUCCUGGCCAAGCACAACCCGGAGAACCGCCUCAAGAUCGCCCGCGCCGGCGCCGUCCGGCCACUCGUCGCCCUCCUCUCCCACCCGGACCCCCAGCUACAGGAGCACGGCGUCACCGCGAUCCUCAAUCUCUCCCUCUGCGACGAGAACAAGGACGCCAUCUUCGCCGCCGGGGCCAUCCGCCCCCUCGUCCGCGCCCUCAAGACCGGCACCCCCGCCGCCCGCGAGAACGCCGCCUGCGCCCUCCUUCGCCUCUCCCAGGUCGACGAGCACAAGAUCGCCAUCGGCCGCUCCGGCGCGAUCCCCCAUCUCGUCCACCUCCUCGAGACCGGGGGCCCGCGGGGGAAGAAGGACGCCUCGACUGCCCUCUACUCGCUGUGCUCCACGCGGGAGAACAAGAUCCGGGCCGUCAAGGAGGGGGUCAUGCGGCCGCUGCUGGAGCUGAUGGCGGAUCCGGAGUCCGGGAUGGUAGACAAGGCAGCGUACGUGCUGAACUCGCUGGUGGCGGCGGCGGAGGGGCGGGCGGCCGCGGUGGAAGAGGGCGGCAUCCCGGUCCUCGUCGAGAUGGUCGAAGUCGGCACCCAGCGCCAGAAGGAGAUCGCGACGCUUACGCUCCGCCAGAUCUGCGAGGAAAGCGUCGCCUACCGGGCCAUGGUCUCCCGCGAGGGCGCCAUCCCGCCGCUCGUCGCCCUCUCCCAGUCCGGCACCACCCGAGCCAAACUCGAGGCGGAGGCGCUGAUCGAGCUGUUGAGGCAGCCGAGGACGGCGAGGCGGGGGAGGGAGGCGGAAUAGGGAUGAGGCAGCCGGCGACUCGAAAUUGUGCCACGUGGCGGGUGUGCAAUGAUGGUUUGGGUUGUUAUUUUGGAAUGUAAAUAUGUGACCGAGAGGGAGUGUACAUUUGUAGAGGACUGAAAGGUCUUUUCUUUUCUUACGACCUUUCUUCCUUUCGUUUUGUUUUGUUUUGUACAAUUCUGAAGAAAAGACAGUAAAAAAAAAAAAAAGGGUACUCAAGUGAGGUGUGGUGAGGUUUGGUGUAUGAAGAAUGAUUUCGGUUCACACCAUUCCAUGGCAUUGGUGCUGCUGAUUGCAAUAAAAAAAGGGAAAAAAUUGGGUGCA